GUCAGGACUCGACUGUUGUCCUGUCGACACGACACACGUGCGAACACUCACGAUACACACAUCCGGGCGUCGCGCCGAGAUCGGCAGUGUCAUCCCACGGAAAUCGGUCAUCCGGAUCGCGGACAAUCGCCCACGAGGGAACCAUUUAAUUAAAAUACGGUCGACUGUGUCGGCUCCUUGGCAUCCGAUCCGGAGCACGAGGAACAGAACGAGCUCUAGUCAGGAGGAAUAAGAAGGGAGACAGAGCUGUCUCUUCGAGAAAACGUCGGGAGGCUGUCUGGUGUGCGGUGUGUGAUAUACUCAAAAAAAAAGGGACACGCGUAUCGUGGUAUCGCCGGAGCGGGAACGAUCGAAACCGUUAUCCGAGCACGUGGUCGCGGUACCACGAGGUGCAAGAAACGAGGGGCUCCCGGUGGAAUCUGGAUGUACUAUCGUUGAGAAACGUGUCAACGGAAUGUUCGUGCGGACGUUCCGGUAUCCCGUAUCUUCGUAAAGGCCGCGACGUACUCGCGCACGUGGAAGGGUCCGGGAAAAGAGGGAGAGUGAAUUCACGAGUGUGAGGAUAGUGUGUUGUUGUAAAACAAGUGCUCCCUCUCUGCAUCCAUCACCCUUUCUUCCGCUAUUUCUUCUCUCACGGUGUCAUCUGACUCUUUCUUCCUUUUUCUUCUCCAUUUCUUUCCUCUCCCUUUUGUUUCUUCAUCUCGCUUGGAUUGCCUUAUGAGCAGAGCAAAGGUGGAAAAGUGUCGCGAAGUCAACGGAAGUGCAGGAACUGCUGUCACCCUCGGCUUCAAGGUCGUGGCAUGACGUAUAAGAUUAUCCCAAGCGGAGAGCAGGAGCAAGGCCGAGUGAUAGCGGCAGUGUGAUGAGCGGAUACCUCGGUAGCAUCACCCUGCCCCCGACGUUGCUGCACGACCCGAAGUAUCCUCCAGCCAUGCGGGAGAAGGAUUCGAGUCCGAGAAAAAUGCCGGGCCACAUAAGCCCAAAGCAAGCCAGCAUUUAUCCCCUGAGCGUCCGCGUGCCGGACGUUGAGGAGCUGCCAUACGAUCUCAGCCACGGCCACGGCCGCGGCCUGUCGAGCCCAACGAAUCAGCAGCAGCAGCCGCACAUGAGCCCCGCGGCCAGACCGCCCCAGCCGAAUCAUCAGGACGAGCUCGACUGCGAGCCGCUCGAUCUCCGCGUCGAUCAUAAGAAGGAGCGGCUCCGGGAUGAGAACCAGAACGAGAUCGAAGUGUUGAAUCAGAACAGCCUGGGCGGCGGUCUGCCCUAUCACACGGUGCUCUUCCCUCAGCAUCACGCGAUGCACCCGCUGGUUCUGGAGGCGAUGUACAGAUCACAUCAUCACAGCUCGCCGGUGCCCGAUCUGCCAAAGAUCCAAGUCAGAGCGCUUCCCACGAUGGUGCCUCUGCCGCCCAACAGAUUCUCCUCGACCUCGUCGUCCACGUCCUCCUCGUCCUCGCAGCCGACCGCGAGAGCCGUCAGUCCGGCCGUUGGUCAACAGUCGCAGCAUCAGCAGAAUCAUCCCUCGCAACAGCAGCAACCGCAGCAGCAGCAGCAGCAGCAACAGCAGCCGCAACAACAGAGCUCGAGUCUGCCGCCCUACUCGAUCAGCGUGCAGGCCGGUCUCAAGCCCAAGGACAGAUACUCCUGCAAAUUCUGCGGCAAGGUCUUUCCGAGAUCGGCGAACCUGACGCGACACCUGCGGACGCACACCGGCGAGCAGCCGUACAAGUGCAAGUACUGCGAGAGGAGCUUCAGCAUCUCCAGCAACCUCCAACGUCACGUCAGAAACAUCCAUAACAAGGAGAAGCCGUUCAAGUGUCCGCUCUGCGAGAGAUGCUUCGGCCAGCAGACCAAUCUGGAUCGUCAUCUGAAGAAGCACGAUGCGGACGGGCCGACGAUACUGGACGAGGUCAGAUCGAAGUAUCACGGCCAACUUCCGCGGGCCGACGAUUCCUACUUCGAAGAGAUCCGCAGCUUCAUGGGAAAGAUCACCUCGCAACGGCAGGGUAUACCGUACUUCCCCGGCCUGCUGGGCCACGCAACCGAUGACUUCAGGAACGACAAGCAACAGCUGCAGCUGGAGGAGAAGCGAGGUGACUCGUCGUACUUCAGCGACCGGGACAAUCUCAGUUCAAGGUCGAGCAGUACGGCUAGCAGACCGGAGAGCGUCCAGGAGGAACAAAGGGAAGUCAACUCGCCGCCACUCUCUCCCGGCAAUAACACCUGAGUCCUGGGGCGCGGCCAUAAGCAUGGUAAUCCAGUUCAGAAAGGUUUUCGUCGGUUCGUCAGAGCGCGGUGGAGUCAGAGAA